GCAGCCUCCAUUGGUGUCCAGGCGGGUAUUUCUAGUGCGACCGGCUUCAUCUCCAAUCGCACACCCACCGAGCCGAUUGUCAACAUGUACCGCAAGGGUCCGCUAUCCGCUUUGAAUAUCAGCCCCUCGCUAUCGGCUCAGGGCGGUGGCGCGAGCGUUCCCACAGAGUUCACCACUCCCGCCGAGGUCACGGUAGCUGCGGUAGCAGAGAUUAUAGAAAAGAUGAAGGGAUCCUUGGGUAAUCUUGGUAGAACGCUUGACUUGCUUGGAGAGCAGGGAGUUAAGACGUCACAGGCCAGGGGCGACGACGAAGUGGCAUUGCAAAUUAUUAGUGUUCGCAAGCAGAUGGAGAGCGCGGAUGCGAAACAGGAGGCGCAGAUUUCAGAUGUCGAAGAUCUGCUCCAGAAGGUGCUUCAACAAGAUGUACUCAAUCAUUUGACAACACUGAUUGAGAACGGCAUUCUCGAGGAGAUCGACACCAUCGUUCAAACGGAAGUCGCUGCAGAGAUUCCCCAGAUCAUCCCUCAGCACCUCCAAGAUGAGCUGCGGAAACAUAAGAACGAACUUGAGAAGGUGCAGAGGGACCUCUUCAAUUCAGAGUCCCGGCGUGCCAACUUCGCCCUGCGCUCGCAUCGUCUCCAUGAGAAAGUACAUCCUCUCUACAAUACAAAUGGAAGCAUCAGUGAAUGUUUCCCGUCGACCCUUGGCGAGAUGUUCGCAAUUUCUGCUGAGACGGCGAAGAGGCUCCUUCGCGAAUAUGGUCUUGAGGGAUCGUCGGAAUCUCACGAGAAGAAUAUCAAUACUUUCCUGUUGUUUUGUGGCCUCCAAUAUCAAUUGACGGUAUCUAAGGAGUCAGGAGUACUGCUCCCAAGCCGGAUACAUCCAGAGGGCUCGAGCAAUGGGGGGCAGGAUUGAAGACUUAUGGAGACCUUAUGGACGCGGGUUGGUCUGAAC